GAUCAUCAGGAAUGACAAUUCCAUUGGGAAUAGAAUUCAAGGAUCCUGAAGUAACAUUACUCGCAGAACAAUUGAAACAAAUGACAGUUGUAGCGGAACAUGAAGUACCGCAAAACAAACAAGAAAAGAAACUAAAUCAGAUCUAUUUGGAAGGAGCGCAAAGAGAAAUAGAUCAAUUUAGAAAGCAAAUAAUAAAAGAAGAUAAUACCAAAAAGAAAGGAAAGAGAAAGGCAAAAAGUUUAAACAUAACCCUUAAUCAACAAGAAAGCAAAAUCAAAUCACCAAAAAUGGGAACUUUUAUUAAAACACAAUUCAUGGAAACGAAUUAUAAAUACAAAAUAGCAGAAGCUGAAACAGCAGAAAAUAAAAAGGCUUAUCUAUACAAAAUGAUAUCUGCAUUGACAGAAACUAAAGAUGCUAUUCUCUGGAAAAAGAGAGACCUAGUAAAAGACUUAGAAGAAGAAUAUGGGUACGCAACUAACCAAGCAUUGACCCUAGAUAGAAAAGAUUUUGAAGCCAUGGAAGAAUAUGAGCAACGAAUCUUAAUGGAAAGACUCACUAGACAAAUGGAAUUAAGCGAAAGCGAACCAUUACGACAACAACUCCAAGCAAAAUACAGAGAAUUACUAGGAGUAUUAUUAGAAAAUUUAGAUAAGAUGCAUGACGUAGAAGAUGAAGAGGAACAAAU